AUGCCCAGCACGGUGUCGCAAAGUCGUAUUGGAGGCAGAAGCGCACCUUCGAAUGCCUGUACCGUGAUUGCUGUUCGUAUGGCCGAAGUCAUCCACCGUACCGACACGAGGAUGCCCACAGCUAUCUUUGGAAAACAGACAUGUCCACACCGAGUGAUUUCCUGUUUAGUAAAUGCAAUCCUAGAUGGAAAUAGCAUCCACGAGGAAGCCGUGAGGCAGCGAGCGAAUGGUGUACAAAAUUUUACGAUACCAGAUGCUAUUCGCGCAUGCAAGAAUGCAGUAAUGGAAGUGGAUUUUUGUACAGUACCAGGACCACUCAACAAAGAGUUGCCAUUUUAUAUUUCUGCAAUAAUCAAAAGGUACGAGAUUACAAAUAUUGAAGGCGCUGUGAUAGCAACUGUUUACGCAGAUAAUGUUGGCGAACUUUGCCACUGGUUAUGCCUGAAUAUCUUCCAUGAAUCACAGUUGCAACCUUGUCGCACUCGGACUUCUGGCUCCGAUAGUGGAUCUGAUUCUGUAAUUACAAAAGAAAAGAAGACAGAAGUGUUACCCGUGGCAGCGAAGAAACCUGUAAUGCCAGGAGCACUAGUGAAAUCGCGACACCAGCCAAAGUGGUAUAAUGUUGAGAUUCUCAGGGAGGAACGACCUGACUUGUUUGGAGCAGAUGGAAAAAUGGCUAUUGAGAGAGAAGAAGCAGCACUAAUGGACAUGUUUAUCAGAGACAAAAGCGAUCUACAGACUGGAGAUCUCAUCAUCACGGACGACAACUUAGACGAGGAAGACCGACAUUUCAAUCGAUAUGAGGUGCAACUCAAAUACAACGAGGGAAGUAAUGAAACGCAGGAAAAAGGAACGCUUUAUGCGAUGAAGAUCGGCAUCAGGCCUAACAGUGCUAACAUUACUUUACGGAUGAAGCGUGAACUACGGGUACUCAACGACUUGCGAAAAUGCAAAUGUCCUUUUGCUCCCAUUGUGUUAGACAGCGGUCGAGUGGCCGAUCUUCCAUUCAUCGUUAUGAAUUUAUUAGACCGGAAUCUGGAAAAAUUGCGAGAACAAAUAAAAGUGUUUAAACCUGCUCUAGUCUUCUAUAUUGCAAUGGAAGCCAUGUCUGCAUUGGGGUUUCUUCAUUCCCUUAAAUACAUUCACCGUGACGUAAAGUUAACAAAUAUCUGCAUCGGAGCAGGACCAGCGACAGGCAGGAUUUAUUUGAUCGACUACGGCGAUGCGGUCAAGCAAGGGAAGAAGAUUAGAUAUGGUACGCCGGACGUUUUCACUCUCCCGUACUGGAGUUUGGAUGCGCACAAGAGGUCGGCUGCUCAUCAACGAGGAGAUGCCGAAUCGUGGUUCUACAUGAUCGCUGAUCUAUUAAGCCCUGGUUGUCUGCCAUGGUACAGAAUGAGCAGUGAGGCCGAAGUACAAGCAGCAAAGGCGGCAUUGUGGAAGGAAGGUGGUCAACGCUUAACAGAGAAUCUACACAUACACAUGCUGCAAGAGGUUGUACGAACUUCCGGUGAGAAUUUCGACCACCAUUUGGCCAGAACGAUUGCUAGAGACGGCAUCAUCAGCCAUUUAAAGGGACCACUGAUGCUUGAUUGGGCUCCUAACGUUUGCGUAAAUAUUCCUGUUAUCCAACAGAAAAUAUUCGACCAAAAGAAAGUCAAACUUGCAAUUUUGAAGAAGAAAACGAUGAAAGAACUUCAAAAUAUGGAGAGAAGCGUGGGUUUGAAUAAUGCACCCAGUUCAAUACCUACAGGAACAAAGCAGGGUGUUCAACGAAAGACGAAAUCGAGGAAGUCACAAACGGAUGGAAGCAAAAGCAUUGCUAAUGAGCCAAAGUCUCUGAGAAAUUUACCAGAUAUGAAGGCUGACGAAGCGAGGUCUGUGAGGAGGUCUUCAGCUUCGAACAUCGAUCAAGUGAAGUCAAUGAAGAACUCUGCAGAUGAGAAAAUUCUGCAUCGGUCACGCACGAAAAAAUAG